AUGAUAACAAAGAGGAAAGGUAGUAAACGGGAGGCCAUUGUUAGUGAAGUCGUCGAAAAGAAAAUCAAACUCUGCCCUCCAGAUCUCUACAAAAGCCUCAUGGAAGGGAAGAAAGAUUUGAAGGAAGUGGAAAACCUGAAGGCAGUUUACUUCUGUAGACAUCUUAGAGAUCACCGUUUAAGCGUUUUUACCAAUAUUGAGGACAUGCCAGAUAAUCUAAAAAAAAAACGUGAAGAGUUGUGGCAGCUGGACGAGGGCAGUCCUUUUCCAGACGAAGUAGAAAUAAUUGUGCCUGAGGAUCGUCCUUACAAAGGAUGCAUUAGGCCGAAGGAAAACCUCAAUACCCCUUUUACAAAGGACAAUAUUAUUGAGAUGCUGAAAUGCCUUCCCUGGAAGAAAUACACCCAAUAA